AUGUCUUCUUUGCGGACUGUGACGGCUCGCGCCCUGCGUGCAACUCCAGCACGGUCCCGCCCUUUUUCUACCUCUAGAACAUGUAGGGAGGUGGUGGUGGCCGAUGUCGGCGUUCCGACCCCCCAGAAAAAACCAGUUGGCGCUGUUCGUGGAGGUAUAGUCGGUUUUCUCGCUGGCUUCUCUCUUGCGGCAUCUGUUGCUGCUUACAACCUUCUUGAUCAAUACAACACGGCUUCAGCGGCUCUUCAGGCAAGCGUCGAUGAAUUGAAGCAGAGCACUGAACAGAUUUCCACGCAUAUUAGGCGGAUUGAGGCCGUUGAGAAGGAUCAGAAAGCCUUGGCUGACAAGACCGCCCGGAAGGAAGAUCUAUCCAAACUCCGCUCAGAGGUCAAACAGUUGUAUGACGGACUCCAUGGUGAAUUUGUGGACAUGCGUUCGCACGUAUGGGGAAUGCAACAAGACAUCCAUGCAUUGUCCAAGAAAGACAGUACAACUCCCGGUGUUCGGAUAUAG